AUGGUACAGUCAGCUCUGCGUAUCGUCAACAUGGGGAAGAAGGCGAAGAAAGCUGCUGCUGCUGCCAUUGCCGCCCAAAGUGACUCCUUGGGGUUCGCACACAAGCUCCUUGACCUCCGCGAUGGGCACAGGGAGGAGGAGGAAGGCGGAAGCGUCGGCAAGCUGGCGAAGGUGAGGAGAGGAGAGAUCGCUAGCGCCGCUGCUGACAUGCUAGUCAUGAAGAUGCUGAAGCUGGUCCUGGGAGCCGACUGGCAGCAGAUCAGAGACGAGGAGGAGCUGUUGGGGAUGCUGGGGGGCUGGGAGGAGGAGAUCAUACCGCGCGAGGAGAUGAAGGAAGUGAGCAGAAAGUUGGACGAGGAGAAAGUGGACGUUUCCAAGAUGAUAGAAGCGAGCUCGUCGACUGAGAGGCUCAUGUGGGAAUGGCUGGAUGGCGUGAUCAGCGUGCUCAAUGCGAGCGUGUGA